CCAUUUUAAAGACAUCUCGACGUUUAGUUUGUACCGCGCUUACGCGAAAGCGCGCCCCUAGAUUCCGUAAAAGAAGGACCCCGACAGGACGAACGCGAAAAGCGGCUGUGCAAAUCUCCUUUCUUGUGGGAAACGCGGCUGCCAUUUUGAAUCGGCGCGUAGGAGUUUGGAGGGCAUACGGCAAUGGCAACCGCUUCGGACGAGACGUCGGCGCCAGGCACAGCGUACACGAUUGCGGGGUUCGACGAUGCGUUGGACUGGAAGAAGACGUGGUUUGUGGAACCGUUGCCGAACAACGCAAGGUGCUCGAUUUGUGCCAUUGCCUACCCCGGUCUCCAUUUGCUGCCGUGCAUGCACUUGGCCUGCUGGCGUUGCUACGAAGGACUGCGCAGAGUGGGACCGACGUGUGCGCUGGAUCGAAAGACAUUUUCGCCGAGUGAGACGUCCUGGAUCACGUUUGCUUUUAGCAACAUGAAGCAAAGGAAGAUCCAUUGCUGGAAUGUAGUGAAUGGUUGCAAGGCUGUUGGACCUAUGUGCGACAUUCUCCGACACUUCCACUCGCGGUGCAGUUACCAUUCUGUAUCCUGUCCAGAGUGCGGGCUGGCCAUGGUACACAGAAGUCUCAUCGACCAUCUGAAGCUCCACAGUGGACAUGAGAGCUUGCAGCAUAAUCACAGCAUUGUCCCGCAUCAUCGCCCCGUCUGUCCAGAGGCGGCAAGCAAUGUGACGCAGCAAGUAUGUUAG